CCCAAUUUCUCGUCCUCUCUUCAAACCCAGAAGAGAGAGAGAGAGAGAGAGAGAGAGAGACAUAGAUUAGAUGGGACGCAUCUCCAGUUUGUGUGUGAAUCAAACCCCAUCCAAUCCUGGCCGUCCGUCUUCAUGACGUCACUGCCGGUCCCUCCAAUGGUGUUAGAUUCACGCACAAACUCGCGAUCCGUCUCCUCUGUAACACUUUAUCCCAACUCUGCUUUUUUUUUUAACAACUUUCCGGAGGAAAAAAAAAAAGAUCAACUUUUUGUUUUUUUUGGCGCCAAUUCGAUUCUGUUUUCCCUCUCAAUCUAUUUGUUUCGGUUAACAGCAGAGGAAAACAAAGUAGGGAGUAGAAAGGAGAAAGCUUUGAAGGGAAAAUUUGGUAAUCGGAUCGGAUGGACGCGAGAGACGGAGACGGGUCAACGGAGGAAUACGAGACGUUGAUUCAGACGACCGACGUCGAGCUUCUGAAGAGGGCGUGGCGGCAAGAGAAGGCGGCCCCGGAGAUUUUGAAAUUCGAGACUGAUUUGAUUGCCAGGCUCACUGGACAGAUCGAAUUGGUGGAAGAAAAUGUGGAGCAAGAUGCUCAAUCUGGUAUUGAUCCACUUACUGUAUCACUCUACCAGAUGGAUUUGGACAGGUCUCAGUUCUUGUUGAGAUCUUAUCUUCGAAUUCGGCUGCAGAAGAUUGAGAAAUACAUCUUUCACAUCUUAGCUACUGCUGAACUCUACAACCGUCUCUCUAAACAGGAGAAGGCAUUUGCAAAAACGUGUCUUGUUGAUUUGGAGAAGCAUCUUGAAGAGAGUGUUCUGUCGAAAUUGCCUAGUAACUAUCAGUCUAUAUUCAAGCAAUCCAUGAUCAGUGAAGAGAAUGACAUGGUGGCAAAACCCCAAUUAGACACAUUUGUUGUAUGCAAAACCAAUUACUAUCUUGGACAUAUCCAGCUCGAGGACAAUGAAGAUGGACCAUCAGAUGACAGGGCGAACCAGAGACCAUUGGAGGAACCUUUCGAGAUGGAGCCUGAUGUUUUAUACUUUGUGCGUUACAAAGCAAUAAAGAGAUUCGUAGAGGAAGGGAGGAUUGAUUUAUUCUGAGCACCUAAGGGGUAUAGAGCUUUGUGCCCUCGUUAAAAUAUGAUCUUACAGUAUCUUCAGUUUUCCACCUUAUUGCUUUGCAGGUUUGUUCUGAAACUAGCGAUUUGUAAUCCAUGGAAGUGUGCUUCUGAGCAAUAUUCUUGUAGUUGUAUUUAACAUUGAGAAUGUUAAAAUUUGAAAUCCUCAAAAUAUGAUGCCAUGGCAUAUAUAUCAUUUGUGGGCGUUCAUGAUUCA